AUGGAACACAGACACAGAUCAGGUGAUUUAAAACAACAAAAUAAAUCAUUCAAGGCUGGUAAACAUGAUAGCAAAGGUGCUAUCAAGAGAAGAGCUCAAGGUAAAAUUGAAACCAAUGCAAGACAAUCAAUUAAAAACUUGGCACAAAUCAGCACUAAAGAGCAAAUGAAAAAUAAAAAUCAAAAAUUAUCUCAAUCUAAAAAGAUGGAAUUAUUAGAAAGAAAAAGAUUAGGUUUACCAGACAUUGUAGCACCACGUGUUGUUAGUAUUAUUAAAUUAUCUCAAGGAUGUGAUACUUCAAAGAUUAGAGAAAUGUUAUUAAAUAAAUUUAAAAUCAUCACCAAUGAAAAUGGUAUGGAAGUAGAAACAGCAGUUAAAGAUGAAAACCAAUUUCCAACUGUAUCAAUCACAAGUAAAGUUAGAAUGAUGUUAUUAGAAUGUCCAUCAAUGGAAUAUGAUCAAGUUAUUGAAUAUUGUAAAUUAUCAGAUAUUAUUUUAUUUGUUGUCGAUGCAAAUCAAGAAAAGUUAAAUUCAGAAGCUGAACGUAUAUUUUCAAUUGUUAAAGCACAAGCAGUACCAACAGUUAUGGAAUUAAUUCAAAACCUUGAUCUUGUACCACAAAAGAAAAAGAAUGAUGUAAAGAAAUCAAUUCAAUCAGUAUUCCACUUCCACUUCCCAGACGAACCAAAAGUAUUACCAAUCGAUACUGUUGAUGAAUGCAAUCAAGUUUUAAGAUAUAUCGAAAAUAUUCACGUCAAUGAAAUCAUUUGGAGAAAAGUUCGUCCAUACUUAUUAAUUGAAAAAGCAUCCUAUAUAGAAGAUACCAAAACCGUUACAAUUGAUGGAUUUUUAAGAGGAAAUAAUUUAUCUGCCAAACAAAUCAUUCAUAUACCAGAUUUCGGUGACUUCCAAAUUUCAAAAAUCGAAUCAAUCGAAGAUCCACACAUUCGUAGAAAAUCAUAUUAUAGCAGCGGCAACAACUCGUCAAUGGAUCAAGAUUCAAAAACCAAUGUUUUAGACUCUAGUGAACCAAAUGAAAGAGAUACCCUUCAAACUUGGAAUGUACCAGACCCAUUAGAUGCAGAGCAAUCUCUUCCAACCGAAGAAGAAAUUGAACAAAGCAAGAAAAAGAAAUUAGUACCAAAAGGUACCUCAUCAUACCAAUCAUCUUGGUAUUUAGAUAACGAUGAAGAAGAAGAGAAUUUUGAAAAUGAAAACAUGGAUGGUGAUGACGAUAUGAUGAAUGAAGAACCAGAACAAGAAGAAGAAGAAGAAGAGGAAGAAGAAAAUGAUAUGAUUGAUGGCGAUGAUGGUGACGAUGAACCAGAUGAAUUAGUCGAAGUUAAAGAAUCAAAUAAAUGGAAAGGUAUUAAACACAAGCAUCAAAUUACUGAUGAUUUAUUAAAAUCUGAUGAUGAAGAUGACGAAAAAUCUGAAAACGAAGACGAAGAAAUUCAAGAUGAAGAUGAACGUAAAAGAUUACAAGAUGACGAAAUGUUAUAUCCAGACGAAGUCGAUACACCAGGUAAUGUACCAUCACGUGUUAGAUUUUCAAGAUAUAGAGGUUUAAAAUCAUUCCGUUCAUCACCAUGGGAUCCAAAAGAAAAUCUUCCAAUCGAUUAUGCUAAAAUUUUCCAAUUCCACUCAUUCAAUCAAUCAAUGAAAGCUAGUGUUACUAUCCUUCAAAAAGCACCAGUUAAACCAGAUAUGUAUGUUAGAAUUCACCUUGUCAACGGUCCAAAAGAAUUAACAGAACGUGAAAUUACAUCAACCUCAAUUCCAGCUGUUGCUGUUGGUCUUUACCGUUAUGAAAACAAAGUUUCACUUUUACACUUUAGCAUUGAAAAACAUAAAUCAUUCGAAGAUACAGUUAAAUCUAAAGACGAAGUUUUCUUCCAUUUUGGAUGGAGAAAAUUCUCCACCAACCCAAUUUACUCAAUUAGUUCACCAAAUUGCGAUAAACAAAAAUUCGAAAAAUUCCUUUUACCAGGUAGAAAUACAAUGGCAACUAUUUUUGGUCCAAUCACAUAUCCACCAGCCCCACUUUUAAUUUUCAAUGGUAAAGAAUGUAAUGAAUUAAUCGCCACAGGUCAUCUCUCAAGUGUUAAUCCAGAUCGUAUUAUUUGUAAACGUAUCAUCUUAACUGGUGUUGUAGCCAAAUCACUCUCAAAGAAAUUCGUUACUGUUAAAGAUAUGUUUUAUUACCCAGAAGAUAUCAAUUGGUUCAAAAAGAUCGAACUUUAUACUAAAAUGGGUCGUAUUGGUCAUAUUAAAGAACCACUUGGUACUCAUGGUCGUAUGAAGUGUAUUUUCGAUGGUACAAUGCAUCAACAAGAUACAAUUUGUAUGAAUUUAUAUAAAAGAGUUUAUCCAAAAUGGAUAGAUGAAAAUUCAAAUUUAUUAAGAUUGGAAUAA